AUGGGGAAGCUGGGCAAGUUGUUCGGCUUUGGUGACAAGGGCAAGAUCGGCAUCACAGUCGACAAGCCGUCCUAUGUUGCUGGUGAUCUUGUGGUUGGAACCAUUCACGUCUCCAUCCACGAUACCAUCGAGUGCGACGCGUUGGUGCUCAAAGUAUCGGGUAAGGAGAAAGUGGAGCUUACGCACGUUCGACACGAGACGCGUGAUGGCGAAACAACCGUUCACCGUGACCAAGUCCAUCUUGGCAACGAGUUUUUCAAGCAAAAGAUUGUUAUUUGCGCUACCUCUGGUCGAAAUUAUACUCCAGGACGCUAUUCGUAUCCGUUCGAGUACCAGCUCCCAGCUCAGCUGCCUGGAGUGUUCCACAUCGCCGGGUAUUCGCAGGGAGACAUCGUGAAUCUGUCAGCUAAGAUCAAGUACAAGUUCAAAGCGACACUCGAUGUCAACGGGUUCUUCUCUUCGGACUUGAAGGCAGACUGCAAUCUGGUCGUUCAUGAACGCAACUUCAAAGAGCUCGUCCCAAGCGAGGACUCCACCACUCAAGAUGUAAAGUUCCUGUGCUGCUUUAACCGUGGUACAUGUCAACUCGCAGUGGCAAUGGAUAAGAGCGUAUAUUUUCCCGGGGAGACCGCUCAAAUCCAAUGUAACAUCACCAAUGGAUCCACGGUUGAGAUCACAGCUAUGCGCUGCAAACUAUACCAGGAUAUCACAGUGAAGAUCACUAAAGAAGGUUCCUAUCGCACGCUUACCAAGCUCAUGUGCGAGAGUGCAUUCCCUGGUGUGCCUCCGGGUGCAUCACUAUCACAACCACAGCCGCUUACGUUGAUCUCGACCAGCAGUGGCCAUCUACAACCAUCUACCAAAAGCGACCUCAUCGCCUGUGCAUACCGUAUCGACGUCGAGUGUGAUAUUCCAUGGUGUCCCGACGUUCGUCUACACUUGCCUAUAAACAUUCUAGCUCCAGGACUACCCAACCCCAGCACUGGCUGGGUACUUGAACCAGCGGAAGGCGUGUAG